AUGGCCGUCCCCACCGCAAGCAGCUGGGCCCAGCUCCGGCAGCAGGCCCGCUCCCUAGAGUCACAGACCGAGAGCCUCUUCCACACAUACUCCGCCUUCGCCUCCUCCCCACCCGCAAAGCCCACCGAAGAAGAGCUCCAAACCGAGCGCAAGCUCCAGGACAUCCUCUCCAAGCGCGACACCACCGUCGCCUCCCUCUCGCGCCUCCUCGACUCCGAAUCCGCCCUCACCUCCAGCGCCACCAAACUCCAGAACCUCUCGCUGCACCGCAGCACGCUCGCCGACCACCGCCGCGAACACGCCCGCCUGCGCAGCACCAUCGCCGAGGCGCGCAGCCGCACAAACCUCCUCUCGACCGUGCGCGACGACAUCUCGGCCUUCCGCUCCGCCAGCCGCAUCGAGGAGGGCCGCUCCGAGGCCGACUACAUGCUCGACGAGCGCGAGCGCAUCGACCGCAGCCACAGCGUCGCCGACGGCGUGCUCAGCCAGGCGUAUGCCGUCAAUGAGGACUUUAUGGGCCAGCGCCAGAUGCUGCAGAAUAUCAACCGGCGCAUUGCGAGCAGUGCGAGUAAGGUGCCGGGGAUUAAUACGAUUGUCGCAAAGAUUAAUACGAGGAAGAAGAGGGAUAGUGUUAUUUUGGCGGCGCUGAUUACGGUCUGCUUUUUGGGCGUGUUGUGGUUUCGGUAG